GGAGGACGCGUGGUGCCUAUCUGGGCCGGCACAGGUGGUGAGCCCCACUCGACGCUUAGCAACAGCCUCGGACACCCGCCAUGAUCGGAGUCGUCCCCUGCCACAUUGCCGACCCCAACCCUCUCUCUCUCGGGCCAACGGCGUCCGCAACACCUAUGGCUCAAGGGAGCGGACAAGGAGCGGUCUCCCGUAGCGAACGGAGGAAUAGGAGGAGGACAUCCCACAUCGGAUUCCUCGGCGAGCUGGUAAACGCAUCUUUUAGCAGGUACCAGUGAGCCCUUCGUUUGGCUUCGCCUCUUCUCCAUAACAUCUCUUCCCUGAGGAGGAGAUGUGUUCAGAAGAAGAAUGUGCCCGGAGAAGCGGAGGAGGUUCGUUUAGACAUUGAUAGAUCAAUGCUCUAGAUGCAAUUGCAUGCCACGACCGAUCAUUUACAACUUUGAAGAAACCCAAGUAGGAGCAGAAGGGUCCAUAAGGUUCAGUGUCGAAGUUACUCCUCUGAUUAGGGUGAUAAGGUUCAGAGGAAUUGACAAAUUUGUAGGACACAUUAUAUCCUAUUGAUUAUAUGGCUGAAAGGGAGAUUGCAGUUACAAAGGAAGCGCUUCACCAAUAUAUCAUCAUAAGAAAACUUCAUAUGGAGCUAGAGGAGGAAAGAGAAGCUUCAGCAACUGCAGCAAAUGAAGCUUUAUCCGUGAUUCUGAGACUUCAGAGAGAAAAGGCAGCAGAGAAGAUGGAAGCAUGCCAGUACAGGAGAAUUGCAGAGGAAAAAAUGCAUCAUGCAGAGCAAUCCUUGAUUAUUCUAGAGGAAGAAAUGCAACAGAAGGAAUUUGAGAUUUUAAUCCUUAAGCACCAAAUUAAGUUAUAUAAGACCAAGUUAUUGAGUAAUGGUAUUGGUGAUCUUGGAUCUGGAAAUGUUGUAACAAGUGAAGAUGGUGCUUUAGUGGACAAAACUGGUCUUCAUGGCUAUAUUAGCAGGAACAUCUCUUUGCCUCCUUUAAGAGUGGUUAAGUUGUGUAGUGAGACUGGUGGCAAUGAGAAUAGUCUCCUAGCAUUUUCAGAGCAAACAAAAUGGAAAAGGAUUGGUGACUACACGGACCAGCUUGGUGACAAGAAUAGGGAAACACCAAACUUGUUUCGGGAAUCUGCAACGGAUGAUUAUAAUUCUGAAGAAGUAGAUGGAGAAGUGAAAUAUGAAUCAAGUCCACGAAGAAAUGGGUGUCAAACAACAUCAAGUAACAGCCCACGCAGUUCAGGAAAAGAGUUUUCAUCUUGUUCGCAGGAUUCAACUCUGACUGGUGACGCAUUGUGCCAUUCAAAUUGUGGAACUAAGAUCUGUCUGGAUGCUGAAGGUGCUUCAAGUUUGCAUUCGCAAGCUGUAAAACAAGUGGAUACCAUGGAGUCUGUUGGGGAUAGCAUUUCACAUGAUCAAAUUGAAUCAAGGAGAAAUGCAAAUCAUUUGGCAUGUGUCCAUGACAUAUUUGAAGUCCCAGAAAGUGACAAAUAUCAUACCAGUAGAGAACCUAACAAGCAUUUCUUGGAAGAGUCUAUAAAAGAGUCUAAAACUUCUGUUGGCACUGAAGAUUUAGUGUCUCAAGAUACAGUAGAAUCCCCUUCCCGAGACAAUGAUUGGCUAGACAGGGUAGUCACACAUUCAGACCAUAGUAGUGGAAUUUCUACACCAACAAGCCAACCUGACAAGUUGUCUGCACCCACAAAAGGUGAAAUGUUGAAUUAUAAUUCGGUUCUCGUGGAUUCUAUAAAUAGAACCUGUAUCAUGCGGAAUGAUUUUGAACAUAUAAAAUUCCAACUGCAGCAGAUUGAAUAUGAAAAGAUUAUGAAAAUGGAAGAUUCUGAAAGGAGCAACGAACAGUUAAAGUUGUUGAGGGACAUUUAUGACAAGCUGAACACUAUAGAAUGUCACCUGCAAAGUUCCAGGUCCAAGAAGUGCCUUCAGCACAACGAGUCCCAGUUGAUCUCUGUUAUUGAGAACAGGCGUUCCUAUCAUUCACAAUUUAGUUAUGUUGAGCUGGUGGUCAUUCUGGCAAUGUUCAUUCUUCCAACCAGAGAUUAGUUCAUAUAUGAUGCAACCAUCCUGACUACAUGGUUAUAGAGGGUGCUGUUGUUCGUCCCCCUCCCCCCCCCCCCCCUCAUUCAUGGAAAGGAUGAGAAUUUAGGGUGGCUCAUAUUUUUUUUCUCUUUCUUAUGUAUUAUUAAUAUAGUUUGGAGCCUGGAGUGCAAAUUAUAUUGGAAAGAUAUAUUCUACAUCAAAUACAGAUAUCACAAGAAGUUUAUAAUUGCUGUUCGGUUGAUAA